UCAAGUUGCUGUUUGGAUAUUGGCCAAGUGAGAUAUUUUAGUAAUACAUUCGCCGCCAUGCCAUACACAAUCCGAUGUCUGUAUGUGUUCGCUCUACUUAUUUUGUCGAUAGAUUCUGAACCAAUAAGGAAAGGAAAGAGACAUCAGGUGGUGAUAGUGGGGGCUGGAGUAUCAGGGUUCACAGCAGCGGCCACCCUCCUGGAGCACAAUGUCACUGACCUGGUCGUGCUGGAGGCUGCAGACAGGAUUGGCGGCAGGAUACAUACCGUCGAAUUCGGUGGUGUUGUGAUAGACAGAGGCGCGGAGUUCUGCCACGGCGAGGUUGACAAUGUGGUCUAUGAUCUUGUCGGUCCUCACGACCUACUGACGUCGUACGAUGCCUUGACAACACCAGAGCAAUGCCUCAUAAUCAACACAACCGGGCAUGAAUUUAACGCAACUGCACUCAGAGAAUUGGGAGGUCUGGCCUUUCAAAUUCUGUAUCAAAGCGAUCGUUCUCACUUCAACGGCUCAGUAGCUGCUUACUUCUAUCCCAGACUAGAUCAGUUAUUUGAAGAACGGAACGUAGACUCUUACACGAGGGAAGCUCUUCGUUACCUAACACCUUUAUGGGAGGGGGCAGCAUCCGGCACUGAGGACCUCUCCGUUUCGGGAGCUUGGGGACAGUCCAACUACUGGGAAUGUGAGGGGGACUACACUCUGAAAUGGAAAAAUGGCACUCGAGGAUAUAAAACUAUCUUCGACUUUUUAUCUAAAAAAAUCCCAAACCCUUCUGAGGAGUUGCCAGUGGUGAACAAGACAGUUCUCGGCAAGCAAGUUACACGGAUAGAGCGCAAAGCGGGAGAAGUAGAGGUGACGUGUGCAGAUGGCAGCACCUACCUUGCUGAUCACGUGAUCGUUACUGUCUCUCUAGGUGUACUCAAGAAACAUGCAGCAGACAUGUUCCAUCCUGCUCUGCCAGAAGACAAGUCUGCAGCUAUCGAGACUCUAGGAUUCGGUUGUGUGGCGAAGGUGUUCAUCCUCUUCCCUAAUAGAUGGUGGCCUCAAGAUAUCAACGUCAUCACUCCCUUUUACUCAAAUAAGGAAAUCCAAGAUUUCAUUAGAAAUUCCAACCACGGCUCCUGGACCAGUAAAACGUACGGCUUCUACCCUGUAGUGAACCACGACCGCAUGCUCUGCGCGUGGUUCUCCGGCCCUGGCUGUCGUACGGUGGAGGGUCUCUCAGAUGAGCAGGUCACAGAAGGGUUGAUGGAACUUCUAGACAAGCUUGUCGGCAAGAUGUACAACAUUUCUCAACCCGAGGGCAUUCUGAGGAGUGACUGGGGAACAUAUCCGUAUACGUUAGGAGCGUACAAUUACCGCACCGUAGCCAGUGACAGUCGAAACCUCUCCAAUAGUGAUCUUGCCGAGUCGAUCCUCGACGAUCACAACAAACCCGUAAUACUCUUCGCGGGCGAAGCUACUCAUCCACACUACUUCUCCACAGUUCACGGAGCCAUUGAGACUGGCCGACGAGAGGCUCACAAUAUUUUAAACUACAUGAAAAAUAAACAGUAUCCUCUUAUCUACACAUUUGAAAGAGUGAAAAUCUUCGACGCUAAAAGGAAUGGUGACACUUCCAAGGAGGCAAGAACGAGGAUAAAGACGGAAACGCUACAGGAGUGGCAAGAUCGAUGGACAUCGGGAGAGACGGGCAGAUGGACGGCACGGCUGAUACCGGACAUCAACAUCUGGCUCUCUCGGAAGCACGGAGAAACGGACUUUUUCCUGGCACAGUUCUUGACGGGCCACGGCCAGUUCAACAACUACCUCUUCAGAAUGAGAUUGCAUGACAAGCCAACGUGCAAAUAUUGCCUGGACAAAAUCGACGACGCCGAACACACGUUCUUCGAGUGUGCUCGGUGGAAGGACUACAGAAGCAGCGCCGAAGAGAUAAUAGGCGCCAGGCUCUCCCCCUCAAGCCUGGUGACCUAUAUGAUCACCCAAGGAGAAAACUGGUCAGCUGUCGCAGCUUAUGCACAGCACCUUCUGAUAGAUAAAAUCACCGAAAGGGACCUAGACCCUGAGAGACAUCGAGUGGUGAUAGUGGGGGCUGGAGUAUCAGGGUUCGCAGCAGCGGCCACCCUCCUGGAGCACAAUGUCACUGACCUGGUCGUGCUGGAGGCUGCAGACAGGAUUGGCGGCAGGAUACACACCGUCGAGUUUGGUGGCGUGGCAACCGAUAAGGGUGCUGAAUACUGCCAUGGAGAAGUGGAUAACGCAGUCUAUGAACUAGUUGGUCCUUACAACUUGCUGACCUCGUAUGAUAAAAUGCUUCAACCGAAGUUUUACAUUUUUACCAACACAUCUAGUCAUAUAUUUAACGCCACUCAAGUAAAGCACCUGUGGACUGAAUUAGCCAGCUUUAUGCGGGAUAAAGAUCUACAGAAUUUUAACGGAUCAAUUGCUGACUACUUCUAUCCAAGGCUUGAAAAUUACACUCGAAGACACAAUGUAGACUCUUACCUAAGUGAAGCCUUGAGACAUCUCGUCCCUAUGUACGAGAAAGUAGCUUCCGCUGCUGAUAAACUCUCUGACAUGGGCGCUUGGGGUCUCACCAAAAACUGGGAUUGUGAGGGGGACCUCACACUGAAGUGGAAGAAUGGCAGCGGUGGCUAUAAAACCAUCUUUGACUUUUUAUCUAAAAAGUUUCCCAACCCGGUUGAAGAGUUACCAAUAAUGAACCAAACACUUCUCGGAAAGCAAGUAACACGGAUAGAGCGCAAGGAGGGUGAAGUAGAGGUGACGUGUGCAGAUGGCAGCACCUACCUAGCUGAUCACGUGAUCGUCUCUGUCUAUCUCGGGGUACUCAAGAAACAUGCUGCAGACAUGUUCCAUCCUGUUCUGCCGCCAGAGAAGACUGCGGCUAUUGAGGGUUCAUGGACACCCUACAUGUACGGAUUUAACCCGGUCAUGAACCAUGAGCGCAUGUUAUAUGCUUGGUUCGUAGGUGAUUCUUGCAGAAAAAUGGAGAGUCUUACAGAUGUGCAAGUCGCAGAUGGUCUGUUGGAGCUUCUUAACAAGAUCGUGGGCAACACAUCCAACUGGUGCAGCAAUCCAUACACUUUAGGAUCAUACAGUUUUCGAACAGUCGAGAGCGACCGACGGAAUAUUACAAACGAAGAUCUCGCCCCUCCGGUCCUAACCAAUAACAAGCCUUAUGAAGCCACCGGUUAUCUCUUCCGGAACCGGCAACUGUUGGGCAAUGCUAUUCAGGCUGCCAUGAUCUGCUAUUUGGUACUGUUUUCUCUCCUCGUUUCCCAAGGCUACACCAAGUCAAUAGGGGAUGCUCAAAGAUACCGGGUGGUGAUAGUGGGGGCUGGAGUGUCAGGGUUCACAGCAGCGGCCACCCUCCUGGAGCACAAUGUCACUGACCUGGUCGUGCUGGAGGCUGCAGACAGGAUUGGCGGCAGAAUCAACACAGUGCAGUUUGGUGGAGUGCCAAUAGACAAAGGGGCCGAGUUCUGCCAUGGGGAGGAAGAUAAUAGAGUCUACGAGCUGGUUAGCCCUUAUAACUUCUUAGCUUCCUAUCAGGACCUGUUAGAUGGAGAACAGUGUAUGUACGUAAACAGUUCUGGUGCAAGACUUGAUACUCAGAAAAUAACGAACAUCAUUGAAAUCGCGAUGGAGCAUGAAAUGUUUGGUGAAGAGUUAUCACAUUUCAAUGGAUCAAUAGGUGACUUUUUCAAUCCCAGACUAGAUGUGUUGCUGCGAUCAGAAAACGUAGAUCCGCAACUAAGUGAUGCUCUGAAACACCGAAUACCGCAGCUAGAGUGUGUUUCGUCCGCCACCGACAGCCUGUACGAACUCGGCGCCUGGGGCUCCUCCAACUACAAGGAGUGUGGUGGAGACCAAAUUCUCAAGUGGAGGAAUGGAACUGGAGGCUACAAGACUCUGUUUGAUAUCAUUUCGAAAAAAUUUCCAACUCCGUCUGAGGAGUUACCAGUAUUGAACAAGACAGUUCUCGGCAAGCAAGUUACACGGAUAGAGCGCAAAGCGGGAGAGGUAGAGGUGACGUGUGCAGAUGGCAGCACCUACCUAGCUGAUCACGUGAUCGUCUCUGUCUCUCUCGGGGUACUCAAGAAACAUGCUGCAGACAUGUUCCAUCCUGCUUUGCCGGCAGACAAGACUGCAGCUAUUGAGACCUUGGGAUUUGGGUGUGUAGGAAAGGUGUUCUUGCUGUUCCCAAACAGAUGGUGGCCAGAAGAUAUUAACGCAUUUUUCCCCUUAUUUUCUCAAUCGGAAAGGGAAAAUAUCAAAACCACUUCUGCAUAUGGCGAAUGGUUGGUUAAUGUGACCGAUUUUGCACCUGUGAUGAACCACGACCGCAUGCUGUGUGCUUGGAUUGCUGGCCAGGCCUGUCGUACUAUGGAGGCUAUGACAGAGGAACAGGUUACGGAUGCGCUGUUAGAACUGCUCAACAUUCUCGUUGGAAAGUCUUACAACAUUACCAGGCCAGAGGCUAUAUUGAGAACCAACUGGGGUAGUUACCCUUACACCCUCGGGUCCUACAGUCACCGCACUGUGGCCAGCGACAGGAAGAACCUCACCAACAAUGACCUUGCUGAGUCGGUCUUAGAUGACACCAACAAACCUGUGUUGCUGUUUGCCGGAGAGGCGACCCACCCUCACUACUAUUCCACUGUACACGGAGCACUGGACACUGGUCGCAGAGAGGCCAACAAGCUCAUACAAUAUUCCUUACUAUGUCAAUAA